AGCUAAGAUCCCCAAACCCUAAUCCCAAAACUCAUCGAAGACGACGACCAGAAAUAAUGGUGUGCAUACGGCGAGCGACGGUGGACGAUCUCCUGGCGAUGCAGGCAUGCAACCUCAUGUGUCUUCCGGAGAAUUAUCAGAUGAAGUAUUACCUGUACCAUAUCCUCUCAUGGCCUCAGCUUCUUUACGUCGCUGAGGACUACAAUGGCCGCAUCGUUGGUUAUGUAUUGGCGAAGAUGGAGGAAGAGAGCAACGAGUGCCAUGGCCAUAUCACUUCUCUCGCCGUGCUCCGUACCCAUCGGAAGCUUGGUCUCGCCACCAAGCUGAUGACCGCUGCUCAAGCCGCCAUGGAACAGGUUCAUGAAGCAGAGUAUGUAUCACUGCACGUGAGGAAAAGUAACAGAGCAGCAUUCAACCUGUACACAGAGACGUUAGGGUACAAGAUUCACGAUGUAGAAGCAAAGUAUUAUGCUGAUGGGGAAGAUGCCUAUGAUAUGCGUAAGCAGCUUAAGGGGAAGCAAAACCAUCACCAUGGUCAUCACCAUCACCAUGGCGGUGGAUGUUGUUCCGGUGAUUCAAAAGUUGCAGAAACUCCACACGCUAAAGUAGACGCUAAAGCAAGUUCAAAGUCUGAGGCGAAAGCCGGAUGAAUGACCACAAAAAAGGUAAUGCACGAGUACUCUGGGUUCAACUUGGUGAUUCUUGUCAGGGAAACAAUUAUUUCACCUAUCAUACUGAUUUCUAGUGACAAUAAUACAUUCUGAAAUCAUCUCGAGUUACUGCUUUGUCUUCUUGUUACUAUGUUACAUAAGUCCAUGUUCGUGUUCA